CGUUCUUGCAGCGCACUACAUUCGGGUCUUACCAGGGAACGACGAGGGAGGGGAUGUUUUAAUGGCCGUCAGCUGCACUACAAAACGCAAAAAGUCCGAAGUAUCCACUAUAUUUAGACUACACUAAAUACUAAUGCGUUUUGGGCGGUUUGAUUAGCUAACAAGCAGUGCUCUUUGGACAUAAUAAGGCCGGAGAUGUGUUUCUAGCGUUGUUUAAACGCACUUUACGCGCUUGAUCUGAGAGCGAGUGGAGCUCAGGCCUAGCCGGCUGGCUAGCAAACAAGCGGCCGAUCAGCUUAGUCGUCGGGAGUUGAGAGGGAAUAUGUAACAUAAGGAAGCCAACAUGACAUCCAGAUUCGGGAAAACAUACAACCGCAAGGGAGGGGAGGCCAACUCCAAAUUUGACGAGGUCUUCUCCAAUAAGAAGCCCACCCUCACCACCAAAUGGGGGGAGACCACCUACAAGGCUAAGUUGGGGGCCAAGAGGCCUACUUUGAAAUCUGACGUUUCUGAGCUGUCCAAAAGGCCCAGGCUUGAGGACAGCGACAGUGACGAAGACCCUUUUGGGUUCGACAGUGAUGAGGAGUCCAAGACUUCGACCCUUCGUAGCGUGUCCCAAGUGGGAGUCAACGAAGGGGCCGUGACAAAGACGACUGCAGUGCAGGGCGGUGGGACAGCCACUGUUGUUACUUCUGCACAGGGCUCUGCAAACUCAACUGGCAAGUUCACAACCAAGCAAACAUCUACAGAGGGUGUUAGAAAUAACCAGCUCCGGUAUAAAAGUGCAUCAGAUAGCAACCAAAAAUCUGCAUGCAGGGUCCCCUUGUCAAACACAGUCCCCUCCAAUGAAAGGAACUUCUUGGCGCCCCAAAGGCCAAUCUCCUCCGCUCCUAACACAGCCACCUCCCUUAAACUGUCUAUUAAUGCUCCAGGUGGUAGCAGAGACUCCCAGACCUCUUCCUCUUAUGAUGAAUUGGAAGAAAAGAGAAAUACUGAGCUGGAGCCUCACACAGAGCCUCGACCAGAACCAGUGGACAGCAUUCCCCCUUCUCCAUUCACCCUGAGGGCCUCAAACUGCAAGAAAUACCUGCGACCCAACCAGUCUAAGAAAACAUCCCUCGAAUCUGCUGAAAACAACAGCAACAAGCCAACUGAAACAGCAGCUGCCCAUGUUAAACCCAACAGUGCCCUUUCUGCUAGCGCAAGUAGUACUGCUGCCAAUACUAAACCAGCAGCCAAGCCCACAGGCAGGGGAGGCGGAAGGGUACGGGACUACACGGUUCUGCACCCUUCCUGUCUGUCAGUAUGCAACGUCACCAUCCAGGACUCAAUUGAGCGGAGCAUUGAUGAACUAGUCACCCCAGCUACCCCUGCUGACGUUGGCGAAGCAGGCCAGAUGAAGAAGAAGACAGAUGCUCCUGUAUCCAAAUCCACCAGGUUCAGACCCACCCAGACAAAGACCAAGAAGACCAAGACUGAGACCAAGCUAGAGUUUUUUGGCUUUGAGGACAAAGAGGACCAGGGCGAGGAGGGUCCAGAAGGUGGCAUGGCAGGCAAGAGUAGCUACAAGAUCAAGUACUUUGGCUUCGACGACCUGAGCGAGAGUGACAGCGACGAGGAGAGCUCUCAGGCCAAAGAGAAGAAGGCCAAGAAGGCGGCUGCAGCCUUAGCUGCUCUGAGCUCCGGUGUGGACAGCCCUCACACCAGUGACUCUCAGGACAGCCAGGCCAGCAGCAAUACAGAUAAUUGUGACUUUGCUGAAGACUCCAGUCCUGGCGGCGCUGAGGGGCAGAAAGGACGCUCAGGAAAGUCAAGUGACAAAUCCAAGGACGCUGGUAGUGGACUCAAAAAGAUCUUCAGCGGACCCAAAAAGUCCCCUGCUAAAGCUGUGUACAACGCUCGCCACUGGAACCAACCUGAGCCCGAAGAGAUACCUGUGCCUCCACUUUCUCGAUCACAAACUGCUCCGGCAGUUUUAUCGAGCAGCAGCAAGGACAGCAACUCCCAUAAAGAUGAUGGCUUGUUCAAAGCCCCUCCGCCGCCGCCCAAAGUCAUUAAGUCAGAGACCCUCCCCACGCGACUCAACCAGGAUAUUGUCACUGCGCUCAAAUGCAGGAAGGAGCACAAGGAGCUGUACACGGUGGUGCAGCAUGUGAAACACUUCAACGACGUUGUGGAGUUCGGAGAGAAUCAAGAGUUCACAGAUGAUUUUGAGUACCUGGAGACGGGGCUGAAGAGCAGUCAGCCACUCAACACGAGAUGCCUUAGUAUAAUCAGCCUGGCCACACGGUGUGCCAUGCCUGGUUUCAGGAUGCACCUGCGGGCCAGAGGUAAAGUGGCGCAGGUCUUCAACAUGCUCAGUGAUGCUCCACAACACCCGAACCUUGCCCUGUGCACGGCUGCGCUGAUGUACAUCCUGAGUCGGGAUCGUCUUAACAUGGAUCUGGACAGGGCCUGUCUGGAGCUUAUGAUCAAGCUGCUGGAACAGGACCAGGACUACCCCGCCGACCAGGAUCAGCUCACGGCAAAGGAGGUGGAAAAGGUCAAGGAGAAGAUCAGGAAGCUGUGUGAGACCGUGCACAACAAGCACCUCGACUUGGAAAACAUCACGACGGGCCACCUUGCCAUGGAGACAUUGCUCUCUCUCACCUCCAAGAGAGCAGGAGAUUGGUUCAAAGAAGAGCUGCGACUCCUGGGCGGUUUGGACCAUAUUAUAGACAAAGUUAAAGAGUGUGUCCAGAACCUGAGCCAAGAGGAUGACAAGGAGAACCUUGUAGCAGCUUUAUGGGGGGCUGAGAGGUGUCUGAGAGUACUUGAAAGUGUGACAGUGCAGAACCCAGAAAACCAGGGUUACUUGAUUGCCUACAAAGACUCUCAGCUCAUCGUGUCAUCUGCCAGAGCUUUGCGGUACUGUGAGGAUAUGAUUCAGCGAUACAGCAGGGCGUUAAACAACAGCUCUCUGUCAUUGUCGGGGGCAGCGCUGCCCCACUGCAGCUUCAGUAACGUGGGCAAGGCUGUGGAGGACUGCAUGAGGGCCAUCAUAGGAGUGCUGCUCAACCUUACCCACGACAAUGAGUGGGGAAGCACCAAGACAGGUGAGCAGGAACAGCUAACCGUGACUGCUCUGAACUGCGUCCUCCGAGUUCCACGCUACAUCCCCCAGGAGCAGCGCUUUGACGUGCGAGUACUGGGUCUGGGUCUACUCAUCAACCUCGUGGAGUACAGCUCCAGAAACCGCCACUGUCUGGUGGACAUGGAGUACAUAGUCGACGACACCUGUCUGGAGGACAGCCUGAUGCAGCCUGCUGACCAAACACAAUCCGACACAGCGGCAGCGUCAGCACCGCCAAGCACAGCCGAGACUCAGGGAGACGAGCCUGUCAAGCCCAAGCCCACUGGUGCUUUGGCUGCUCUGGUGCAGCUCUUCCUGGAGAGGGAGCGCGCUGCCAUCCUGGCUGAGGCUAAAACUGACGACAUCAUCACCGAGGCGCCCAAACCGGCACUGGACAAAAGCGGAGAGUGGCAGGAGACGUCGGGAGAGAUCCAGUGGGUGGCAGCCGAACCCAACGACAACCAAACCGAGAACAAAGAUGAUGAGAAGAAAGAGGAGGAGGAUGAAGAGUUGGAUCUAAAUAAAGCUCUGCAGCAUGCAGGCAAACAUAUGGAGGACAGCAUUGUUGCCUCGUACACCGCUCUGCUGCUGGGCUGCCUGUGCCAGGGAAGCCAGGUAAAUGUGAAUACUGUGAGAGAAAAUCUACCUAAAGGGGAUUUCUCCAUCAUGACAGAAAUGCUGAAGAAGUUCCUGAGUUUCAUGAACCUCACUUGUGCGAUGGGCACCACAGGACAGAAGUCCAUCACGCGGGUCAUCGACUACCUGGAGCACCUUUAACAGACGGACAGACAGGAACCUCACACUCUGCACAUUAGAGGGAUCCCAGGCUAUCCUGGUGCCCCCUUUACCCGACAGGAGCCACAAGGCGGUCAUUGGAGACUCGGCAGCAUUCCUCUGACUUCACCCGAUCACCCAGCGCUGUGAUCGCUCUGGAUUGUUUCCAAUAAAGGCGCGUAAACACACACAAAUGUAAAAGUUUCACUCCCUCUCUGGAGCACAGAAUGAACCAAAGCCCUGCUAGCUGACAGACAUCCAGUUCCACUCCACCAACGCCGCAUUCAGUCACAUGGAGAUUCAUCCUCAGGCUACUGGGAAUCAGGCAGAGGCUGGUCUUGAGUUUUUCCAAAUCCUCUUUGGAAUGUCGAACGUGAAGAUGGACUCAAAGCGGACCUCUUCUUUGAAACCGUUUGACAGAAAGGGGACACUGAAGUGGAGUCUCCCGUCCCCCCCUGCCUGGUCUCCGUUCCUGAUCACUUAGCUGGAGUGUAAACCUCUGAAUCAAAUUUUAUGGGUCAUUACAUUUUGAUCUCUACUCAUCCACAUCAAAGCCAAGGAUGAAAUCAUUGAUUUAGCAUGAAAAACAAUCAUUUUCAUGGCUGUUAGAAUGACGUCUCUGUGUGUGUAAACUUGUGUGGAAUGAUUUUGAAUGCAUACAUCCAUUUAACUAAAUGUUUGCAGUUGGCUUGAAUGUUUAAGGGAAUUUUUUAUUCUUUGAUUUUUAUCUUCUCAUUGUGCCCGUUAAUUUUGCGAGUUAGAAAGUCGCCUACGCGUUUUUAUGUUUUUAGAUUUUUCGUUUUUUUUUUCCUUUGGGGCAUUUUUUUUUUUUUACCUCAUCAUGACUGCGUGACAUGCUGAAUUUGAUGGGAUGUCUUUUAUUUCACUGGAAAUUACAAUCUUAUUGUGAAGUUCAGAUAUCCUUCCACCAAUUAUCAAUUUCCUCACAUUUUACUUUAGCUUUUUUUUAAAAUUCAAAUUAAUUCAACAGUCUGUAAGUACAGUAUGCAUUGAAACUCACAGGUAUAACUGAUGUGACGACUUACUCAAAAAAAUUGAUUGUUGUGCUUCCUUUUAAAUUUAUAAUGAAGUUAAUUUUUUAGAAAUGUAUUUAAUUUAACGUUUUCGCCUUUUGUAAAUGCAAAGUCUUUACCUAGUGGGAUGCCAUUUGUUUCUAAAGUUUCACUCAUGUUUUAUUCAGAUAUAUCCCAUAUAUGUGUCACAGCUCAGUGGCUGGGCAGACGUACCAGACUUAUGGUUUUGGUUUUAAAGCGCAAAUUUCAUCAAAACUUUCCGCAUUUAAUGGAACAGGAGGUCAUUUUCAUUCUCAUAUUAACCCAUGUGGAGGAUUUCCUGAAGGCUCCUGGUUUCACUCUGUCCAGCCACCUGUAGCUUCAUGUUUUUUUCUCGCAUUGUGACAUGAUGUGUCUGCAUUGGACAACGUUCAUAAGCUCCCUUUUAUUUAUUCUUUUGGUGUCAUUUUACCUGUAAUGAUGCACAUGAACCCUCACCAUGCCUCUGUCUUGUACUGCUCACAUGUACGAUCACUGAUUUGAAUGACAGCCAUACCUGUGUAAGCAGAUUAGUUCUUAUCUGGUUCGUAGGGCUGAGUGAACAUGGUUGCAACCGUGUUUACUGUUAAUUACUUUGCAAAGUUCUGGUCUGAAUGAAAUUUUAGAAUGUAAAUACUCUUGUACAUAGCGGUUAAUGGACAUUUAAAAAAAAAAAAAAAAAAAAAAAAAAAAAAAAAGAAAUGCUUAGACUACUUUUUUCCCUGAAGCUGAUAUUUUUAUUUUAUAUAUUUCUGAGUUGUCAUUUGGAAAAACAAAAAAAUCGCAGGAAGAGGAGGAAGAAAAAAAAAAAAUGUUUGUACCCGUUUCAAGGACAUUGUCUUUGGUUACAUGUAAAUAGUUGUAUCUCCAAAAAAAAAAAAAAAAGUUGCUACUUUCAAUACACCCCCCCCCUAUGUGUUUUCUUCCUUGAAUUGUUUAAACAACAAGAAUGUUUUUCUUUCAUUCUCAGACAUUCUCAGGAAUGUUUUUGAGCAUUCAGUGCUACAGGAGGGAACCACUUUACCAGACAGAAGUGCUGUUUAGUUUCCUUUUGGUAUUCAUGCAUGUGGCAG